AUGUCACUCUUCUAUCUCCUUUGCGCAUUGACCGCAAUCCCAUUCGGGACCUUUGCCGUCAACAUCGGCCUUGCGAUCCACCAGUCCUCCCUCAGCUUCAAUAGCCCCUUCCUCUCUGCCAUCGACUACCGUGUCACAGAGUUGUCCAAAGGCAAAGCCGUCCUCACUACGAAGUACUUCAAGAAGGCAUGGGGAAUGUUGACAGCGACAUCAGUGAUCCCUAAGAUCAAGGACUAUACGAUCAAGGACCUUAACGCAGAAGUCCUUGUCACCAACGAGCAAAUGGAAACGGUUGCCAAGAUGACCAUCACCUUCCGUGUUGACUACAGGAGCGCAAAGACGGAAUAG